UUUCCCCAUUUGCGUUAGAGAUCAUCGACAUCGGCUUAGGAAACUCCAUUUUUACAGCUACAUAACUCUCAUUCCUCGUACACGCUUUCGCCCCUCCAAAAAAAAAAUCUGUUUCUCGCUUUGCCCCAUAAAAAAGGGGAACUCUUCAACUCUGCUAACCCAUUUCAAGAUCACAGUUUUAUGCUCGAAUUCGUCUAAUUCUCCCUUUCUCUUCAUGUCUUGGGGGGUUUUCACUUGAGAUAUCAUCUGAGAUUUCUUCCAAAUUCGUUGAUUCAUUUCUGUGCUCACUUCAUUUUCCGAUCCAAACUCAGUUCGACUCUUUUGCUGAAUAGUCAACAUUUUCUGGUUUCUUUGUGAUCUAAUCUUUCUUAUCCAUAUUGGGGAAUUCAAUUUCAGCUGAUUUUCGGAUAAUAUGCAAUCUGAUCAUCGGAAAAAGUCCGUAGAUGUGGAUUUCUUCACACAAUAUGGUGAAGGAAGCAGAUACAAAAUCGAGGAAGUAAUAGGGAAAGGUAGCUAUGGUGUCGUCUGCUCAGCAUAUGAUACACGUACAGGGGAAAAGGUUGCAAUCAAGAAGAUAAAUGACAUAUUCGAACAUGUCUCCGAUGCCACACGGAUUCUUCGUGAAGUUAAGCUUCUUAGACUUCUCCGACAUCCAGACAUUGUGGAGAUCAAGCAUAUUCUGCUGCCCCCGUCUAGAAGAGAGUUCAAGGACAUUUACGUAGUGUUUGAGCUGAUGGAGUCCGAUCUCCACCAGGUCAUCAAAGCCAACGACGACUUGACUCCAGAACAUUACCAAUUCUUCCUAUAUCAGCUUCUUCGUGGCAUGAAAUAUAUUCAUACAGCUAAUGUAUUUCAUCGUGACCUGAAGCCCAAAAACAUCUUGGCAAAUGCCGACUGCAAAUUGAAAAUUUGUGAUUUUGGCCUUGCUAGAGUGGCCUUCAAUGAUACUCCAACUGCAAUAUUUUGGACGGAUUAUGUUGCAACAAGGUGGUAUAGAGCUCCGGAAUUAUGUGGAUCCUUUUUCUCCAAGUAUACACCUGCGAUUGAUAUUUGGAGCAUUGGCUGUAUUUUUGCUGAACUUUUGACUGGGAAACCUCUCUUCCCCGGAAAAAACGUUGUUCAUCAAUUAGACCUCAUGACUGAUUUGUUGGGAACUCCACCUCCUGAAACCAUAGCAAGGAUAAGAAACGAGAAGGCUCGUAGGUACUUAAGCAGUAUGAGAAGGAAGAAGGCGAUUCCUUUGUCUCACAAGUUCCCGAAUGCUGAUCCCUUUGCUCUCCGUCUCUUACAAAGAAUGCUCGCUUUUGAUCCCAAGGACCGACCUUCUGCUGAGGAGGCUCUUGCAGAUCCAUACUUCCGGAACUUAGCUAGAGUAGAGAGAGAACCUUCUGCACAACCGGUCACCAAAAUGGAAUUUGAGUUUGAGAGGAGAAGGAUCACGAAGGAUGACGUUCGAGAGCUGAUAUACCGCGAGAUUCUUGAGUAUCACCCGAAGAUGUUGAAAGAGCAUUUGGAUGGAGCAGAACCUACGAGCUUCAUGUAUCCAAGUGCUGUCGACAAGUUCAAGAAGCAAUUUGCGUUUCUUGAGGAGCAUUGGAGAAAUGGAGGUACUGCUCCUGCUCCGCCUGCUGAGAGACAGCAAUCUUCGUCUUUGCCUAGGCCUUCUGUACUGUAUUCGGGUAAUGCUAAUCCAAGUAUGAGCGAAGUUGCCAACGAACUCUCCAGGUGCUCCAUUAAAGAUGUCGAGAAGCCACACGCUGAUCGCUCGUAUGCAAUUCCAAUGACGCGGUUGCCUCUCCAAGUUCCCGAAAAUAAUAUCCAAGCAAGGUCUGCCACAAGACCGGGUAAGAUCACCGGCCCCGCACCACGAUACAACAACUACGGAGCGGCACUGCCACCAGCACCGGUAGACCCAAACGAACAGCGCAGAACGACGAGAAAUCCCACUAUGCAUCCUCAAUACAUCGCUCCUAACCCUUCGUACCCGAGGAAGCACGCUCCCUGCAAGGCCGAAGACGGAGAAGGCGCCAUGGGUGAAGGGCCUAACGCGCUGCAGCGCAAACAAGAGCUCUACAUGUCAAGAAAAGUUGCUGCUGCCCAAGGCGGAGCCGGAAGCCUCUGGUACUAAACUCUUGCUGCGAUGAUGGCAAGGUGGAAACGGUUCCAAAUGCGACUCGGUAGCAGCGGAACUCGUCUGAAUUCGGUCGGCUGGAGCUCGAUACGUUCGACAGCAUGCAGCGAUGUCUCCGUUGACGGGCCCCACAGGGUAUGAAUACAGUCCCCAUAUCAGUGCUUCAGAGUGGUGAAGAUGAUAUAGGUAGCUAGUGAGAGGUAGAUUGAAGAUGAAGAAGAUGGAGGAGUAGAAGGAAGCUUUUAAGUUAACAAAGAAUGCCAUGACAAACUGAUCUUGUAUUGUUAUGUAGUUUUAAAUUUUAAUGGUUAGUAUUUGCUAAUUUAUGUUUGCUUUCUGAACUUCAUGCUUUGUUUGUGUAAGUGUAUGUGACUCUGGGUAAAUAAUUUAAAUGUCAAAACUAUGUUCCCAAUUAUGCAGUGAA